GAGAUCGUGAUGUCCAAGUUGGUACUCUACACGAAUCAAAAGAGCCCGCCCUGUCGGGCGGUAAAAUUGACCGCCCGAGCACUCGGGGUGGACCUAAACGAGAAGGAGAUGACUCUGGUGCGUGGCGACAAGCUGAUGGAAGAGUUUAGGAAGGUCAGUCCACAGCACACGAUACCGGUGCUGGACGAUAGUGGGACCAUUAUCACCGCCAGUCACGCCAUCAUGAUCUAUCUCGUGUGCAAGUAUGGGAAAGAUGAUGACAGUCUCUACCCGAACGAUCUCGUCCACCGAGCCCGUGUCCAUACGGCCCUUCACCUGGAGUCGGGAGUUAUCUUUUCGCGGUUAAGUUUCUUAUUUGAACCGGUGAUUUAUUCCGGUAAAUCGUACUUCCACUCGGACCGGGUCGAGCACAUCCGCAAAGCGUACCGUCUGCUGGAGGAUUCCUUGGUGGAUGAUUAUGUCGUGGGGAGCAGUCUAACGAUUGCGGACUUUAGCUGCAUCUCGAGCAUUGCCACGCUGGUUGGGGUCGUGCCGCUCGAUGAGGAAAAGUUCCCGAAAAUCUCCGCCUGGAUGAAUCGCAUGAAGGAACUUCCGUACUACGAGGAGGCGAACGGUGCCGGAGCGCUCGAGUUGGCCGAGUUUGUGCUGGGGAAGAAGGAACUGAACGCGACACAGUACUUGUAACAGGUUCGAGACGAAAGCUUUCGUUCUUUUUAAUAAAUGUGUGUGUCUGGAUG